UGGGAAGUCGCGGCGACACCAAGCUGAGCCGCACCAGGCCGAGCGCUCGCUCACAGUCGGAGCUGAGUGCGGAGCCCAAGGCGGACGGCUACAGCUCUCGGGGCCCCAGCCGUCCCCACCCCCGGUCCCCCUCUCUCGGCCUCCUCCCCCAGUCCGGGCUGCCGAGCCGCCCGGCGCAGAAGGAAGCAUGCUGGCCGUCGGCUGCGCGCUGCUGGCCGCCCUGCUGGCCGCGCCCGCGGUCGCGCUGGUCCUCGGGAGCUGCCGCCCGCUGGAGGUGGCAAACGAUACGGUGAUUAGCCUUCCCGGGGCCACCGUCACCCUGAUCUGCCCUGGGAAGGAAGCAGAAGGCAAUGCCACCAUUCAGUGGGUGCACUCUGGCUCACAGCACAGACGGUGGACUACCGCAGGGAACUCACUGCUUCUGAGGGCAGUGCAGCUCAACGAUACGGGCAACUACUCAUGCUUCCUGGAUGAUCACCUGGUUGGGACUGUGCCCUUGCUGGUAGAUGUUCCUCCUGAGGAGCCUAAGCUCUCCUGCUCCCGGAAGAACCCCCUUGUAAGUGCAACUUGUGAGUGGUUCCCAAGCAGCCCCCCUUCUCCUACGACCAAGGCUGUGCUGUUCGUGAAAAAAAUCAACACCACCAACCCGAACAGUGGCUUCCAGUUGCCCUGCCAGUAUUCUCAGAAGUCCAGAAGCUUCUCCUGCCAGGUGGAAAUCCUAGAGGGUGACAAAAAUUACCACGUGGUGUCACUGUGCGUUUCAAACAGUGUCGGAAGCAAGUCCAGCAGCAACGUGGCAUUUCAUAGUUUAAAAAUUGUGCGGCCUGACCCCCCUGUGAAUCUUAAGGUGUCCGCCAUACCUGGAAGGCCUCGCUGGCUCAAAGUCAGCUGGCAAGACCCUGAGUCCUGGGACUCACGCUACUACAUGUUGAAGUUUGAGCUUCGAUACCGACCUGUGUGGUCAAAGACGUUCACAGUGUGGCUGGUGGCCCAGCACCAGUGCAUCAUCCAUGAUGCCUUGCGAGGAGUGAAGCACGCGGUGCAGCUCCGUGGGAAGGAGGACCUUGAGACUGGCCAGUGGAGCGAGUGGUCCGCAGAGGUCACCGGCACUCCUUGGAUAGAGCCCCCGAGCACUCCCACAGGGAUCCUGGAGGACCCCACACAGGUCUCUGAUGAAGACUAUGACGAGGAGGAGGAUCUGUACAACCAGCCUGUAAAAGCGACAAGCUUCCCGGCCUUAGGGCAAGAUUCUUCCUCGAUAUCGCUGCCCACAUUCCUGGUGGCUGGAGGAAGCCUGGUGUUUGGGUUGCUCCUCUGUGUCUUCAUCAUCCUGAGGCUCAAGAAGACGUGGAAGUCACCGGCUGUGCGGGAAAGCAAGACGAGUUCUCCCCCGCCAUAUUCCUUGGGACAGCUGAAGCCGGCCUUCAUACUGGUUCCUCUCCUCACCUCAGCAGGGUCCCACAGCAGCUCCAGGCCUGACAACACCUUACACCACAGCUGUCCGGGUGUCAGAGACCCGCAGAGCCCUUACGACACCAGCCAUAGGGACGGCUUAUUCCACAGCUAGUUGUCUGGAUGGGACCUGCAGCUGGUGUCAGAUCAGCUCGGCCACUCCAGCUUACCUGGGCUGGGAGUGGCGGGUGGGGUGCAGCUUCCCUUUCGCACAAGAGCCUUGCAGAAGAUGCGGAGGGGUCAGGACUGUGUACUGCACAUGCUCCGAAGGCAGGGGUUGUGAGGGACGCGGGCCACCGUGAGGACCUAGCCUCCACACCCUCAGGAUAGCCUCAGGUAGGGGUGCCAAAGGUUGCCCUAAUUGCCUAGCUCUGACUCACUCCCCCAACCCACCUUUUAGUUGAACUCUUGAAAUCCAAGCACCUUUGGCCUUCUCUUUUCCUAGGCCGCUAAGGCUGGGGAGGAACUCAUGCCCACUCUCCUUCUCAAUACCUGGAAAGCCACUGGAUAAAGCAGCUGGCAUCCCGCUUGUGACGAAUCUCUCAGGGCCUGAUGGUUUAAGCAGAAUGAUAUUAAUCUCUUGUAAGAAGAUACGAAUGAUAAUUCUAGGCACUGCUGACUGCAGAAGUUUUAUUUUCUUAUUUGAACUCAGGACUUCAGAAGAGAAGCAGGAAGGAAGGGGAAGGACGGGUCUCCACUGUGCCCGUUGUAGUCCAGGGGACACAGCCUCUGAAAACAUGUUUUAUGUCCCCCGCUACUCUCCCAGGGGAGGGUGCUGUUAGUGAGUUCCUCUGCUAGGGCAGGGAGUAUAGCUACUUUACUCCAGCCUUGCUCAUACUGGCUUCAACUGGACCUGAGCUACUGGGAAGGACAACAUUCGUGAAAAAAGAAAAACCUAACUAGCAAGAAUGCAUUUUCAGUUUGCUUUUACAAAACUGUUGCCUGAGCCGCGUGGUGGCGCACACCUUUAAUUCCAGCACACCUUUAAUUCCAGCGUACGGGAGGCAGAGGCAGGUGGAUGUUUCUGAGUUCAAGGCCAGCCCUUAACAGAGUGAGUACCGGGACAGCCAGAGCUACACAGAGAAACCUUGUCUUGGAAAACAAAACAAACAAGGAAAGAAAACUGUUGCCUGUUUCUCUUGACCCUGGAAGAGACCACUCACUGUGUGUUGGUGUAUGAACCACCUGGGGGGGGGGCGAUGCUAGCGGGGUGGGGGAUGGCAAGGUGAUACAGUAGCUUUGUUUAGCACAAAAGCCAAGUCAAGUGAAAAUCGAGAAAAAUGUUUCCUGUAACAGAGAAGACUUCGGUUUCGUUCUGUGUCUUGUUUCUGUCUUAAAAAGUGUACAAAUAGUCUGUGCUCGGCUCCAGGGAAUGAGCGCGUGCCAGGCUUAGGAAAGAAGAGUGUCCACUUCCUGUUACACCUCACUGCCUCCGUGGCCUUCCUCACUUCACAGUCCCCGCAGAAGCGCUGGUCCCCUUGUCACUUCCUUCACUGAUGUUACUGGUCACCCAGGAGACCGCAGAGUGGGUGCUGGGAUUAAAGUGAGCCUUGCAAUCAUUUACCAGAUCCCAACACUUUGCUAGUAGCUUACCUUUUCAGAAAAUGCCACCCCCAGGGGUCAGGAGGUGGCUCCUGGAGGCUGUGCUUGUGCUGUCUGCUCCACAGAUCCAGGUGCCACUGCCCUAAGCUGCUAGUUAAUUCUCUUUUUCUAGGCUUUGUGUGUCUCAGGGCCUGUGCUGUCGUAGAAAAGGGUUUGUAAGUUGACAAAAUCCAGGCAGGUAUUCAUGUUUUUUCCCCCUUUGUUAAGUUUCUGGGACUCAAGAGCAGCAAAGAUGCUGCGAAAGGGAGUAUUAGAAAUAGCGAUCUGCAGGAGCAGGCGACUGAGCCCACGCGAGGCUGUUCUUCACCUGGCUUUGCCAGCACGCCGUUACCAAAGCCAGGCAGAAUAAGCUGGUGGAAGAUUGAAAUCCAAAUAACUCAUUAUCUCCAAAAGCUAAUUAGCUCUAAUCCCCAAGUUGUUAUUGCUUUCACUAUUAUUAUAAAAGGCUAGCCCUCCCCCCUUUUCCCUUUUGACUUUUAAUAAGCUAAUGUCAAUGAAGUCUGUUUCAUCUGAGCCCCAGCUUCGCUCAGAGACACAGGUUUGGGCCCUCAGCUGCUUCUGGCCUCCAGUCUGUGUCACUGGAGUUUCUGCAGCCCACAGGCCGCCUGUCAAUAGCCUGUCAACAGUCACUUGACACCUGCAGUCAGGGAUCCGGCAGGCAGAUGUGGCGGCUUUAGGCAGGGUUUAAACAUGACCUUCGCUGCACGGUGGGAAGAGUAGAACACAGACCAGCUCAAGUUCUAAGCUGAUCUUUGAUUCUUAAGGCAUUAGUAAAGCAGCUUUAAAAUAUUUCAAGGGAGUAGCAGGGGCUGUGCACCCAAGAUGUUUGGAGACCCAGUGUUUUCUCUCCUUGAGCAUGGUCUCUGCAGUUUCUCACCUGGCUGUACUGAGUCUUGGGAGAAGGAAACUGGUGUGAAGUUCAUGGCUGGAAUUGGGCUGGAGCCAGUGGGGCGCAGAGCCCAGCAGGGUAGCCCAGCUGUGGCCGUGUUCUGCAGGUUUAAGGAUGCCUGGCUUGCUGCCUUUUUCUCCCUAGCAGCUCUUUAUGCCUGACCUAGUUGGAGAGGAUUCCCACACUCAGCUGCAGGUGGAGGUGCUGAGAAACCCAUCUUCAGGGUUACAGGGUCACCCCAAGAACCUUUCCCAUGCUGCAGCCUCUGGUGAGGUUGUGGCUGGAAGUGGCAGGCCAGCUGGCUCAGGUCAUAGUGCUGGUGCUGGGGAGGGUGUGCCAAAGGUCUUUCCAGCCUCUAGUCCUCACAAGGUUGGGUACCAGUUCCAGGAGUUUCUAUGGCAACCUUGAUGCUUAUUAAGGAAAAUUGUCAUUUUUGUGAACGUAUCCUCAAUGGAGAUCUAGUUUGCAGGGGAAGGACUGGGACUGUGGAGCAAGCUGGAACGACAGAGACUUUCUUGGCUAGAGAUCAUAUCCGUUAAGCAGAAUACCUCAAUGCUACAUGCUUUUGUUUCGAGACAAUGUUUUUAAAGUUUUUUUUUUUACCCGUGUUACCAGCAAGUUGAUACCUAAGGUCUUUCUGCAAAGUAGUGUAAUAUGUUUUUUCAAAUUUUUUUUGGGGGGGGAACCACUGUUUUUUAAAAGUGAAAAUUGUAACUGAAAUAAAUACUUUUUUCAAACUGCA